AUGCCGGGCCCUUGGACCAGAUUCCGCAAGGAUGCGGAUGCGUGGGCCACCUGGAGCCCCCGAGCGGGAGAGUACUUCCGGGUGAUCGCCUGCGACCCGAAGAAUUCAGCGGGCCAGUGGUUGCACACCGCCAUGGUGGCGGUGUCAGACGAGUACCUCCAGUGGUGGCUCGACGCCGACCCUGGCUACACAGCUGACAGUGUGCACGUGUGCACCAAGCCAUACCCCGCUGCAGGGCUCACAAAGGAGGCUAAGAAGGCCAAGCCGGACCGCGGUCCCUUCGGCGUGGGUACGAAGAUCCAGUUGGGGGCGAGAUAG